AGGGAUUUUACAGGAGGAGGAGUCUGUUGCAUCACUAAAAGAGGCAUCCCCUCGGGAGUCACAACAAGUGACGCAGCAGGUUCGUAGCGUACCACCCACUGGUCCUCCGAAGCAAGCGGCAAAAAAAGGCGGUGCUUUUGUGCCUCGAUACCGGUCGACACUCGCAACAAUGGUUGAUAUGUCCGAUUUGAAGGAUGGUGCUUUACGUGAAAUCAAUAUGGAUGAAAGUGUCUUCGGUAUUGAAUUCAAGUCACAUAUUACAAUUGAUGACUUGGAAGAGAUUUUUAGGCAUGAUCAACUAGGCGUCGGUAAUAUGCACUCAUACAUCCGGUUGUUGUAUGACAGAGUGUUGCGCGGGACUGCAUUGUCUAACAGAUUCCGUUUCGUGUCUUCCGCCCAUUGCAGCGGAAUGACAAUUGCUUCGGAACCGAAAUCAUUUAGACAGUGCAUUAGAAUGACCACUUUUUUGCGAGGGAAUAAGUACCUUAAAAUAGCAUUGCAAGGAGUUAAGCCCUCGACAACCUCGCAUCAAAAGUUUCAAAUAUACACAUGCAUUAUGAAGGGUUAA